AUGGAGGCAUACUGCAAUGCAGUACGCCUCCUUGAAGACAAAUUCGACUGUCUAGAACUCAACCACGUCCCGCGCAAUUACAAUGAGGAUGGCGACGAGCUAGCCAAGAUUGCGUCAGGGCAGACCACCGUCCCCCCGAACAUCUUUGCUCGCGACAUCAUCAAGCCCUCCGUCGAUUUCAAGAAUCUGGCAGAGCCGGGCCCCUCGAACGCUGAGCCCCCUGGCGGGAACCCUUCGGCGGAUGAGGCCGAGCCCAUGGACACUGACUUCAAGACCUCCUCCAUGGACGAGGCCAAAGCGAUGGAGAUCGACGAGGCCCCACCCCCGCGGGAUUGGCGCACUCAACUUGAAGUACGGGUCACCGAGGCUCAACGCCUACCAAGAGCAGCAGAACCAGUGAGCCCGCAAGGACUCGCUGGACCAAGUGGAUGA